CUUGGCCUUCCACCAGUCGAUUAUACGGAUUCUGCCUUGAUUUCUCAGGAUGAGAGUCUUGUGACCAAGCUUUUUCAAACAAUGGAGACAACGGGAGCAGAUUUCACAAAUGUCUUUCUUGCCCUCGAGGAUACUCUGCUUCAAGCAGCUGAGUCACUUGCUUGUGUCAUGACUUUUGCCAAUUGUCCCCAUUCUUCUAAUACAGCGAACUUUUCCAACAAUGUUACUGGCGUUGACAGUGGAAGCAACAUUUUAUCCGCUCUACAUCUUAAUCCUGCCUAUUUGGCUGCUGAAUGUUCGAAUCUUGACGAUAUCCUUUCAUCACCUAGACCAAACAGGCCAGAUAAGUACGCCGCUCCUAUAAUGAAUCCAUAA